AUGGCCGCAGAUCGUCUUAGCUCUCUUUUGAGCCACCUCAAGCCCAGUUCCAGCGGUGGCCUCAACGCCAUCGCCCAGAAGAACCCCGAUGACGUCGUCAUUACCUCGUGCAUGCGUACUCCGCUGACCAAGGCGCGCAAGGGUGGUUUCAAGGACACCGAGCUCGACUACAUCGUCUACGCUCUGCUGAAGGAGACCCUGGCCAAAUCGAAGAUCGACCCCGCGCUGGUCGAGGAUGUCUGCCUGGGCAAUGUCGGCGAAGCCAAGGCCGCUUACAUGGUGCGCGCCGCCGCCCUGGCCGCUGGAAUCCCGCACACCGCCGGUGCCUCAUCCGUAAACCGAUUCUGCUCGUCCGGCCUGAAGGCCGUGCAGGAUAUUGCCAACCAAAUCGCCAUGGGCCAGAUCGACAUUGGUAUCGCUCUCGGUGCGGAGCUGAUGUCCGCCGCCGGCGACCGUCUCGAGCGUCCCUUCAACGAGGAGGUGCUACGCAACCAGGAGGCUGCCGAUUGCAUGCAGCCUAUGGGCCAGACGUCCGAAAACGUAGGCAAGGACUUCAAUAUCUCGCGUGAGCAGCAGGACCGCUAUGCGGCCGAGUCGUUCCGUCGUGCCGAGGCUGCGCAGAAGGCCGGCUGGUUCGAUGAUGAGAUUGCUCCCAUCUCGGUUAAGGUUAAGGACCCCAAGACUGGUGAGGUGAAGCAGAUUACCCUCACCAAGGAUGAUGGUAUCCGCCCUGGUACUACCUAUGAGUCGCUUACCAAGAUUCGUCCUGCGUUCCCGCAGUUUGGUGAUAAGUCGACUGGUGGUAACUCCAGCCAGGUUACUGAUGGCGCCGCCUCCGUCCUCCUGAUGCGCCGCUCCAAGGCCAUCGAGCUGAACCAGCCCAUCCUGGCCAAGUUCUGCGGCGCCACCGUCGCCGGUGUUCCUCCCCGCGUCAUGGGUAUCGGCCCCACUGCCGCUAUCCCCAAGCUGCUGAGCAAGUUCCAGCUCGACAAGAACGACAUUGAUAUUUACGAGAUCAACGAGGCCUUUGCCUCCAUGGCCGUGUACUGUGUUAACACUCUGGGUCUCGAUCACGCUAAGGUCAACCCCCGUGGUGGUGCCAUUGCCCUCGGUCACCCUCUGGGUGCUACUGGUGCGCGCCAGAUCGCUACUAUUCUGAGUGAGGCGCGCCGGACGAAGAAGAAGAUCUUGGUUACUAGUAUGUGCAUUGGUACUGGACAGGGUAUGGCGGGAUUGUUCGUCAACGAGCAGGUUUAAAUAUGUAGCUAUACUUAUGAAUCUUCAAGAGCCUUUUCUGCUUGCGUGUCAGAUCCUUGUACUUG